AUGGACGGUAACAACAUUCCUGAACCUCCUCACCCUGGAGUUCCAGAGCCAGCGUUAUUCCCCGUCAACGAAACCAUGCCUACCGACUCAUCCGUGGGAGGCCUCAAUGGUCAUCCUCAGAUGUUCGACUCCUCCUUCAGCAACCUUGCUCUACCCAUGAAUGGCGCACAAUCCGGUUUGUUGGCAACAGCACCUCAACAGAUUUCCACAGACGAAAUCGCACUUUAUGACAGACAAAUACGGCUGUGGGGCAUGCAAGUACAGGAAAAGCUGCGACUGGCAAAUGUACUACUCAUCGGAAUAAGAGGGUUGGGAGCUGAAAUUGCGAAGAACCUCGUGCUUGCAGGCAUUGGAACAUUGACAAUUCUAGAUCACGAGAUGGUUGCCGAAGAGGACCUGGGAACGCAGUUUUUUGUUAAUCAGACUCAGAUCGGUCAGAACCGUGCGGAGGCAACUCUGCCAGAAUUGCAGAAGCUCAAUCCUCGCGUACAGCUUUAUACGGAUCCCAAUCCAGUCGUCCUGAAAGAUCCUAUCUAUUUCCAAACAUUCGAUAUCAUCAUUGCCACCGACCUGAUGAUGGAUGUCAUGACAUUGAUCAACAUGUCGUGCCGUCAAUUUGGUCGCAAAUUCUAUUCUGCGGCGACUCAUGGCAUGUACGGCUACAUAUUCGCCGACCUUAUGAUCCACCAAUUCAUCGUCGAGAAACCCCAAAGUAACAAACCUCCCAAGCAAGGGGAAAUGGAAACAUCUACGAGACGUGUAAUGGAGAUUAAGUCAAAGAGGGAGAAUGAGAAGAUCACCGACAUCAUCACCUACCAGGAAACUUAUUCGCUGUUCCAGCUUGCCAAUAUGUCACCGUUGGGUGCGCGAGAGAAAAGCAGUCGCCGAAAACUAAUGCGCGUCACACCCCUUCUCUCAUGCCUGCGAGCACUGUUCGACUUCCAAAGUCAGAGCGAAGGUCGUCUUCCAGGACCCAAUAGAGUUGACCUAGAACUGUUUACCAAGCUCGCAAAACAAAAACACAUCGAGCUCGAGCUUCCUGAAGAGACUCUGAGAGCAGACUUCCUCCGCAGCUUUCUACAAAAUCUUGGAGCCGAGAUCAGUCCAGUAGUUGCCUUCCUAGGCGGCUUUUUGGCUCAGGAUGUCAUAAAUGUUCUGGGCCAAAAGGAGCCUCCUCUUCAGAACUUCUUGGUUUUCGACGGCGAGGAUUUUGUUGCGACUCAGUUUAGCCUUCAUCCCAUCAACGAUGAUGCGGUGAGCAUGAUGAGUGCGAACGGAGGCUCGAUGAUGCCGGGAUUGGUGCCAACAGCUAAUCCAGUGCCAGCUGCCUGA